AUGGCGGACGAAGGGCGGACAGUGGCGCUGACGACGCGCAACGUCAUCGACGUUGCCGUGAGAGACAUUGCGUCGUGGUCGACCGCGGCGUCGAAUGUUCUCCUCGAUCACACAAACACCUCCAACGAGACGAUCUUGGUGCUAGCGGCUUGUGUGGCCCGUUUGAUCGAAGCGGUGGAGGCGUGCAAGGCAGCCGCACAAGUUGUGUUGGACCAGUUGAAAGUGCAAUGCGAACCUGAGAGGUCUCCGGCGGAGACACGGGAUGCUCCAGUCGAAGCCACGUCCGGCGACAGCGCCGAGCCCCACUCGACCACUGACACGUCCGGCGCGUACCUGACCAAGGACGAAGUCGACGCGCUCAAAGUGCCGUCUACUCCCGUCGACACGUCCUCGACAUUUGAGCCCGAGCUGCACUUGGACCCAUUGAACCACCUCCUGUUUGUCAUGCACGGCAUCGGCGAACUCUUUCACGAUUGCAAGUGGCACCCCCGACCUUCCGCGAGCUCCUUCGCACGAUGCGCAAUGCGAUCGUCUCGGAUGUCCCCCUGUCGCUCGAAGUGCAUCGAGUGGCACAACGAGGUGCACGCGACCGGCGUCGACACGGUCUUUGACCGGAUUGCCCCCGAUGGCUCGGACAAGAUCCGACAAUUCAAUAAGCGAUCGUUCAUGGACGUGCUGUACUACACGGCCCCCAAGUUCGCCCAACUCAUCACGGACUCGGUCACGAACGAGCUCAACACCAAGCACGCCCCGUCGUCCAAGCGUCUCGCAUCCGAGCAUACCUCGAUCGGGAGUCGGGUGGAAUGGCCGCGAUCUUUGCGCACUCGUUGGGGACGAUCCUCGCCUACGACAUCCUUACCCACGAGCGCUGGCGACGUCUCGCGCAAUAAUGUUCGCUAUGGCGGUCUCGAGUUCCCCGUCGAGAAUUUCUUCUGUGCAGGGUCCCCCGUCCCGGUCAUGGUGCUUUCUCGAGGCGACAUCGACGCGGACGGACACGGAGCGCUCACGGAACCGAUCAAAAUCCCCAAGCCACACGUGUGCAUGUGCCAACUCGUUCCAGUCGAGUUGGUCGCGGCGGUCGCAUUCAAGUCGAGAUCGUUAGCCGCCGUCGCGGCUGCCUACGACGCGAUCGACCCCAACCGAUCGCGCCACGACUUUAUGCUGCGCAAACAGCCCGGCGAAGGCGUCCUUGACCUGGCGUACGCCCCGUUUUCCCAUUCUUCAUACUGGGAUGUCGCAAGACACGGGGCGUUGUUGACGUCGGCGGUGGCGAGCUCACGGGAUGUUGCACGUGGUGGACGAAAUCCGUCGGUUGUCCCCGCACCUCGCUUGACGACCAUGGCGUCCGUGCGCGAUCACACGACGGGUGGAUGGUCCUCGAAAGUGAUCUGCUUGGGCCACCACCAUGUCUACGUCGUCGAGUCCGUUGCAGAUGUCGCGUGCCAGAUCCGAUGGUCCAUCUCGUUGAACGCUGCAACGGUCCGUGUGGAAGCGGUCGAGUCGGACCCGUUGGCGUUCAAAGUCGUGCCGGACACGUCAAGCAAGAUGAGCUACAUGCCGCCCAACUCGUCGGCAAGUGGUCCGCAACGGAUCAAAGCAUCGUCGCCGAAACAGCGCGACGAGUGGGUGCGUGCGAUACAAGCAGCGUUGGAGCCCCAAGAUGAUGACGAGGCGUACAUGCUCAACGCGCAUGACGUCCAGUUGCCCGUGGGGGCGUCCGUGGGGUACUUUGGGGCGCGCCAGACGGGUCGACUGGGUUACAUGUGGGGUUUCAAGUGGUUUGUCCUCUCCACGACUGCAUUCGAAUGCUACGACAACGUCCCCGCCGUCGACAAGAGGACCCAGUAUCCGUUGGACAAGUGGGCGAACGCGAUCCGCGACACCAACGGGUGCGCCGUCCUCGGCGACGACAUGCCCUAG